UAGAAAUUUUGUCAAUCGAUAUUUGAAAGCGUCUUUUCACGCAAAUACCCACGGGAUUUUGCAUUAUGUUAGUUCUAUUUCCCAUUUCCUUGCUCGUGUUAAGGUACAGUAAACCUUGAAAGGAGGCCAGUUUGAAAAUUCCUCGUAUUUACAUGUUAAAGCCGUGCUAACAUCGUCGGUGCUGCCACAAAUAGUAGACUCAUAAUGGAGGGCAGUACAGCUGCGGCCAAACCAAAGGCGAAAUUAAAAGGAAACAAGAAAGAGGAAAAAGACAAGAAUCCAAAAGGGAAAGUUGGGAAAGGGAAAGGUGAGUAUAGCAAUUGCCUCUACAUGUUUAUGUGUUAGUUUUCUAGCAUGAUCGCUCCUUGGAAUUUCAAAAAUUUUAUUGAAAACUUUUUUUGCCAUAAAAUAUAUUGUGUGCGCACUUGAUAUUCAUGAGCAAUAAAAACACUUAAGCUCAUUUAUGAGAUUCAAUUGGCAGUUAAUAUUUUUGUGUUAAGGAGUCGUGCUGAAUUAUGCCAAAUUUGAAGGGCAAGGGCUGAGUUACAAAGCUAAAGUAAGUACUAAUUAAUACCUGUUUGUGUAAAUACCGUAUUAACCCCAGGGCAAAUAAUGUGAAUAUCUGGUCCUGUGUCCAUGGCCACUUAUGCUAAAUGGGCAAAUACAAAUCCUAUGAAGGUACUACAAUUGUAUGAUAAAUUAUCAGCUUUAAUACGUGCUGGUGUCCAGUGAGGGAAAGGGAUCGAAAUGUAGCUGUAUUUAAUUAUACAUUCAAAUUACUGGCAAAAUCUAAAACAGAAUGUCGAAAUGAGGACUGCCAUUUUGUUGUGUUUCAUUCUUCAAUAUUUAGAUUUCCUUCAAAGUCCCUUGUUUGCAUCAGUGGCACACACUUACUGCAAAAUAUUGCGGUUUCUUUCAUCAGUCAUUCAAAAGUUUAUAGAAAUUAUUGAAAUGGAGCUGCAGUUGCCCCCUCCCAAUGUCUGAUUGGGAGGUAGGCAGCACACUUGAGAUAAAUCUUUGAGCAUUUUAAGUAACUUACAGAUGCUCUUACUCCAGACUGAAAUGUUUUAUAUUGCACAGGAAGUAUUUUUUCCUGAGAAAAAUGUGCAGAAAUUUUCCAGACUAGGGAUUCCUGCAGGAUUCAUGAUUAUUAGAUUACAUUGAUAUCGAAGGAACUAGAACGAAGGAACCACCGUGGUCAGGCACAUUUUUCAAGCUUGCCCGGUGUGGAUAUACACUCAGAGUAACAUCACAAGCAUUAUAUAUAUUCACCUGAGUUCAUUAUACCAACACAGAAAAAUUCAUGAUUAUUAGGUUACAUUGAUAUCGAAGGAACUAGAUUCUGUUCUGAAAUAUCACAUACUCGAACCGACCAGACCGCGUAGCUCAGUUGGCAGAGCAUUGGGCUAGUAUUCCAAAGGUCGUAGGUUCGAAUCCCACCGUGGUCAGGCAUAUUUUUCAAGCUUGCCCGGUGUGGAUAUUCACUCAAAGUAACAUCACAAGCAUCAUAUAUAUUCACCUGAGUUCAUUAUACCAGCACAGAAAAAUUCAUGAUUAUUAGAUUACAUUGAUAUCGAAGGAACUAGAUUCUGUUCCGAAAUAUCACAUACUCGAACCGACCAGACCGCGUAGCUCAGUUGGCAGAGCAUUGGGCUAGUAUUCCAAAGGUCGUAGGUUCGAAUCCCACCGUGGUCAGGCAUAUUUUUCAAGCUUGCCCGGUGUGGAUAUACACUCAGAGUAACAUCACAAGCAUCAUAUAUAUUCACCUGAGUUCAUUAUACCAACACAAAAAAAAAAUCAUGAUAUAUAAAUAUCAAACAAAAUUUGAAUUAUAAAUAGUAUUUAUACAUACUAUUGAAAUUUAAUACAACGAAAUAGCAACCAUUGUGAAGUACGCAUAAGAUUCAACAUGACAUUCAACAUGACAUUCGAUAUAGUGUAAAUUAACUCAUUUCAAUCACUCAAACCAUAGGCAGCCCAAUGUUAUGGUUGCCUGCCUUUGCGCGAGCGAGGCAUUGUAUAGUUGUAUUAUUUCCUAAGGUAGGCAAAUGCAAUCAAACUAACGAUACAUAUACCUUCAAACAAUCCAAAAUACUUCAAAUAUCUUUACAACUACGCUAAAAUAAUCACAGAAAUAAAAUCUACGAUACUUUUACUAUAUACUAACAAUAUUUUAAUGUACAAAACAAAUUUGUAAUGCGAGAAAAAUACGAAAAGUUUUUUCAUUUUUUUUCAAUUCUUGAAUGAGACGAUGCUGGCACAGAAUAGAAAGUAAGACCAGAAGUCUCACUGAGCCAAAAUUAUGUCCGUAAUUUUUUAUGCGCAGGGGCGAGCCAGCAAGUGUAAUCACGACGAUAUCAAACACGAGCAAUACGCCAUCACUUGAUAAAGAUCGUUUGUUUUAACCGUUUUUAAAUACCACAGGUCCAAAUAAUGGGUCAUCGCAACAGGAAGACACGACUUAAAAACAAAAGCGUAAAAUAUUUACACAAUAAUUAAUUGCAGAAUAUGCAGCGUACACUUUGAGCAUGUUUUGUGAUUUCAAGAAAAAACGUUGAUUUGAGGAAUUGACGCCAGAUUGAUGCUGACGAACGCUGACGUGAUGUUCGCAGCAAGUGUCACACGUCAUCUAGCGUGCGAAAUUCGUGAUCCGCAAGGCGAAAAUUGCGGAUACGAAAAUGUUAAGGAAAGGUGUACACAGUGAGGCUUCUGGUUAUAUUUUCUAUUCUGUGAUGCUGGAUUGGCGCUUGACGUUUUUGAUGGCGUUUCAAAUGACGAAUUUCCAAUCUUAUUGGCUGUCAUUUUUACGGUUUUAAAAUGUCGAAAUGACAGCCAAUGAGAUUGGAAAUUCAUCAUUUGAAAUGCCAUCAAAAACGUCGAGCGAGAAUCCAGCAUCGUCUCAUUCAAGAAUUGAAAAAAAUGCAAAAACUUUUCGUAUUUUUCUCGCAUUACAAAUUUGUUUUGUACGGUACGUUGAAAUAUUGUUAGUAUAUGUUUCACGCCAGUUGUACCAAGGAUUUAUAUAAGCGCUAUAGCGCAUCAUAUAGUCCAGUCAAUCUGUGACCAGAGGUCAAAGAAAUUGCAAUAGAAUUUUUUUCAGUGGUAAAAUGUGAGGGAAGGUGUCCUGAUUAACAUACUAAAAAUAAAAAAAAAUCCCUUCGGUGGAACAUGGUGAAAAUCGAGUUUCUCAUUGUGGACAGAAUGUUCAAAUUUUGAAAUCAUUUUUAGGCAAAUGUAACCUACAUUAUUGGAAAGCUUAGAAAAAAACUAAAAUAUAGAUCAUUAAACGGUUAUAUUCAAUUUACUGGUCAGUUUGUCGUUAUUCUAGCUCAAAGUUGGAAAAAUAGUGCAAAAUUUGCACAAAAUACAAAUUUAUGGCAUUUUAAAUCUUGUAUAACUUCGGCUGGAUAGGCAAAAGCAAGAUAACCGUUUUAUGAUUUAUAUUUUAGUUUUUUCUAAGCUUUCCAAUAAUGUAGGUUACAUUUGCCUAAAAAUGAUUUCAAAAUUUCAACAUUCUGUCCACAAUGGUUUUCUAUAGGUAGAAGUAAGAAAAACCAUGUUCCACCGAAGGGAUUUAUUUUUAUUUUUAGUAUGUUAAAAUCAGAACAACUUUUCUCACACUUUACCACUUUACCACUACUUUGAUCAGGACCAUCUACUUAUCGUGAUUUGACUGGACUAAUAAGAUUUCAGAUGGUAUUCAACAUGUACGCACUGCGUACCUAUUUUUUUACAAUUUGAGUAAUUUUUGCGUAGAUUCUCAUUAUAAAAGAAUGUUUGUGCAGGAAAUUAAACGCACAGUUCAGCCUUUUGAAUGAUGGUUUUUAAGGCAUAUUACAACCCUUUUAAUUGAAAAAACUAACCAGGAAAAUCAAUUAAGUAUAAUUCAAGAUCAGUAACUUCAAUGUUUUAAACAUUUUUUAACAUUUUUUAAUGUUAAAAACAUUGAGUUCACUGAUCUUGAAUUAUGCUUAAUUGAUUUUCCUGGUUAGUUUUUUCAAUUAAUAAGGGGGAGCUUCACCUCGAAAUUUACUUUAACUUAGGCCAACUUUAACAAUCGUUUUCAGGCAUGUUUUAAGACAAAAUAUGCAUAAACUAUAUAUUUUUAGAAACUACAGAUAUUAAGCUACAAAAUGGAACAAAAAUUUUUUUCAGUGUUCGUAAUCAGAUUGAAAUUUGACACCACAGAAGAGAGUAGUAUAUAGAAAACUAAAUUCUAAUGGCCACUUUGCCCCCCCAUAAAAUCUCUUUCAAUAUGUUGUGUAUUCAAGUGAAAUUGCACAGGAUGGUAGCUAGGAUAUUGAACUAUGCUCCUAUUACCCAUUUUUUUGUCAUUCACCAUGGUUGCUAUGGUAACGUAUAAAACAGAUUGCACAUAGAAUUUUCACUGUAAAUCCUGUUAGAAAAUAUAUAUUAAAAAAAUGGGUAAUAGGAGCAUUCUACAUACCUUGGGCUACAUGUGUGCCAAAAAUGGUACAUUUUCGUUAAAAGAGUAAGAAGAUAGCCUUGGGGGGCAGUUGAUGAGCGGCCGAAUAUCGCAAUUUGAGAAAAAGGCAGUUAAAGUCCAAGUAGACUUGAAACUUGUGUUUCUAGUGUUUUUUACUGUUUUAAAGUGUUAUUCUUUCCUUGUCUGCUUGCUCUUGCCUUCCUUAGGAGUAGUUUUAUCUGUCUUCCUCUUUCUCUUCCUUGAACCAUUGAAAUUAUCUUCGUUAAAUGCCGCGCUUUGAUAUGUUACUCCUUCUAAUGCCUUCAAUCUGGCCUCUUCAACCAAUUUCGCCUGUCGGAUCUUCUGCCUUGCUUCUUUAAAUUUCUUUUGGGCUCUUGCAUUUGCUUGCUUCACUCUCUUCUUAUUCUUUUUCCCACUUCCAGCUUUUGUAUAGUAACCACCAGAGAUCUCCAACUCUUUCAUGACGCCAUGUCGACCAGCCGCACCAAUGUUGAAUUGCAUGAUUGCAGAGGCAGCUGCUGUCUCAACAGAUUUUAUCCCUCUGUUCCUAUGUUUAGGGCAUCUGUUCCACACAAGUGAGUUGACAGACUCAUUAGCAUUCUGUGAGAGCCCUGGUAAGCACCUUUUCAGCAGCUUCUUCUCACUAAGUCGGUCGAAUAUCGGUAUUAAAAAUUCUAAAAAGACUGGAUCCAGAUGGUGUGACUUGUCGAGAAAAGGAGUAUUGGUUCCUACUGCUUUGUCUCUCUUGAAUGAACACCAGGAACUUUCUCCAUCAGGACAGUACUGAUGCCUCUUCUUUUCAUCCACAAUCUUCACGCUGUGGUACAAUACUCCUUUUAUCGCACAUUGCAUUCUCUUUACUGCAUCCUCCACUUCUUGUUUACUUUUCGCUUUUUUGUCCACGCACCGUCUAAUGGCAUUGCCAUAAUAUUUCUGCAGUUUGUCAAUCAUAGGCCUGGUGAGUCUUCCUGCUCUUCCUCCCACCGGUUUACCAUCUGCGAGCUUUGACUUUGCAGACAGAGCUAUCAGGUUUUUGCCCAUACGCUUCUGCACAUGUCCGACACACAAUCAAGCUUGCUAACCCGAUGGCAAUUUUCAUUGCUUGUGCUAUGUUCUCUCUCCCAAUUAGCAUGUGCUUUCGAUUUCAACCACUUUUGGUACUCUGCUGACUGUUUGUCCAUAUUUUCAUAUUUCUCACAAUCAUCACAAACCAUACCAUAUCAAUAUACCGGAACUUGUGCUUCUCGACAGAUCUACUCCACAAAAUUCUGGCUGCUUCUUUUUCCAUAGCAGGACUAGAACCAUUAUAAUUCUUUUUGGCACAGUCCACUGGCCGCAUGAGCAUCUUUCCACUCUUGGUAUUUAUCGCGAUUGCUUUUGUGUUUCUCAUGCAGCUUUGCAAAGUUCACAGACCUUUGAUAAAACAACAUAGUCCAAGACUUCCCCAGUAUCAGCAGAAAUGACAAUUCCAACUCCAUAGUUGGCCGUGAAGCCCCUUUUGCUCCAUGUACCAUCAAAUGACACGGCAACAUCAAGAAUUUCUGCAUCAUCCUUCUGCAGGAAUGUGCGUACUGGAUGGCCGGCAUCGUUCAACCUUUCUUCCAAAACUUUUCGUGUUGCUAAGUUCACCGAGCGAUUAUGUUUUUGAUAAGCACUAUCACUUACUGGGGGUGGCAUAUUUAAAAUUUCGCAAAUGGUUGCAAGAGCCUCUCUGCCUAAGCCCAACUCACCCAUGGCAAAAUUCGUUCUCCGAUUCUAACAUCAAAAGAACGAGCUUUUCCCUCGACUGGCUUCGAAGUAUCCAUGUCCACUCUCUGUCUACAUUUGGUGCAUUCAAAAUAGUAGCUGCUGCUCAAUCCAGCACGUUUUGAAGCAUCUUCACAAGUUAUGAUUGUCCCAUUCUUACAUUUGUGCAUCAUUUCAACAGCUUUCCGUAUGUUCUCAAUAUAAACAAUUCGGUAUCCGUCUUUUUCCUCUUGUGAAUUCUGUCUUGUAAAUUCGGGAGUUUGGGGUAGUUCAGAACUAGCAUUCUCCAGUUUUCUUGCCGAUGUUGACUUUACAGUAACCAAAUCUUCGUUAUUUAUCAUUAUCUUGGGUAAUUGCGUUUUGUUGGCUGGCAGAUUGAGAGCCAUUAUUUUCGCCAUCUUUGCGCAAAUCAGCGAAACGUUUCCCUUUGAAAAGGUUUUUCUUCGUUGAUUUGUUUCUCACACGCAACUUUGUGCCUUCUUUAGAACCUUUUGGCAUUAUUACAAGCAAAAAAUACAACAAAAUAUAGCGACAAAAUAGCGAUUCAGCAGAAUACAUUCUCAAACCUGUUUCGAAUGUUGACCACAGUAUGCAAAUCAGAAUGUAAAUAAGCAAAAUUAUGCAAUAAGCAUGUACCUAUGCCCAUAGAGAUUAUAAAUAACACUAGAGGAGGCAUUGUAAUCUUAAUUCAGUAAAAAAAAGGGAACGCGACUAUUGGGGGGCAAAUUCAAGUCCCGGAUGUGUAUUCGUGUUCCCAUUGGUGACGAGUUUCAAAUCAGCCAAUGAGAGCAGGAUUUUAUAUCCGGGACUUGAAUUUGCCCCCCAUUAGUUGCGUUCCCAAUUUUUAAACUCGAUGCCUCCUCUAGUGUUAUUUAUAAUCUCUAUGCCUAUGCCCCCCUCGUAUCCCUAAUACACACAUUUAGCAUAGGUAGCCCUAUUCAAUAUUUUUACAUCAAAAUGGCCCAGAAAAACGGCCUUUUCAGAGGUUUUUUGAAUUCCGUUUCCAUGGUAACCAGCUGCAAACAAUCGACAGAUUUUCAGGUUCUCUACCAAAAGUCUAUUUUUUAAUGGUAAAACGCAUAAAAACAAAAAACAUCAGUAGUUGAUAAAGUACAUGUUAAGGUAUACUAUUAUGAUGUUUUUAAAAUUUUGAUAUUUUUUUCCAGUAUCACCAAAUUUCUAGGUGAAGCUCCCCCAAAGGGUUGUAAUGCACCUUAAAAACCAUCAAUCAAAAGGCUGAACUGUGCCUCCUCCAAAGCCAAAACUUUACAGUCUGGCUCCUUCUCUACCAGUGUGUAAUACUGUAAUUUGCAUUGAAACAUACUUGAAUUAGUUUGGGAUGGGACAUCAAAGCUAGUUUGAAAAUUAAAAAUGUUACAAAAUUUCAAAUAAAUUAAGUUCAAAGACUUCUGUCACAUUUGUUAAAGUUUCUCUGUCACGUUUUUCUGAAAUGCCUUACUAUUAUUUGUCUUAGUUAUUUGGCUUUGUUGAAGUGCCAGGACCAAGAGGUGAUCAAUCAUCUGUUCAAGCAAUUCAAAAACUCAAGGUUUGUUUAAGACUGUUACUGUAAUGCCAAAAUUGUGCAAAAAUGUUAAUUACUUUGCAUUAUUUAUUUCAGCAACAAGCAAAACAGUUGAAGAAAGGUGCCAAUGAGCAUAAGCUUAAAAUAACAUUUAAUAUAACUCUUCAAGGCGUAAGAUUGUUCAAUGAAAAAACACAGGUAAUUAACGGGAAAAUAUAUAGAACAAUAAGAGAUAUUUAAUUUACUUCUUUUAGUCUUUUCAUAGCCUAGCCUAUUGCAGGGGAAAGUGGUACAUUCUCAUGGGGCCGUUUAUUGGCGCCUUAAGUUAAACAACAUGAAAUAUCCCAAUGUGUGCCUGGUCUCUUUGUCAAUCUAAUAUAUGGGGAGUGUCAGGUUUGAGGCAACAUCUAGUUUUCUUUAUCAGGAAACAUAUUAGGGAGCACUGUCAUGGGACUGCCUGAAAACUAGGAAUGCAUACAGCUAUUUCAAUUAAGGUUGUCCACGAGCAAAGCGGAAAAGUCGAAUACGAGCGCGAAAGGCUACUGGGAAUCGCUAACAAAUUAAUGAAUUUUCAAAGCGAUUCCCAGCUGCCUUCCGCGCUCGUAUUCGACUUUUCCGCUUUGCUCGUGGACAACCUUAAUUGAAAUAGCUGUAUGUAUGUAUGUAGUCAACAUAUAUAUGUAAUACCCAUGAAGGUAUUAUCCCCAUGGAAGUGGAUUCCAAGUAAUUAAAUUUCGGGCACUGUAGACGUGUGUAGACCUGAGCACUUAGCGACAUAAGUUUUUUUAUCAAUUGGCCAAAUACAAUGGAAUGGCUCAAGUAGAAAAUAAAAUCUUCAUUUUCAAGUGGUUGACUACACUGAUAAAGGUCACAUUUCCAUUUUGACAGCUAAAAAAAUGCUGGCUUGGGAAGAAAAAAUUAGUAUAUUACUAUAUUUAAUAUACCAUAUGCCCAUAUCACAUGCUGACAAAAGUAAAAUUACAGUACAUGUACUGUAUAUCUUUGUUUGAAUCAUGCUCAGAAAACCAAGUAGGUCGGAUGGAAGCCGUUUUGAAAAAGACUAUAACCAUUAGUUGGCAGUGGAUGCUAUAUAAUAGUUUUCAACACUGGGUUGGUAGAACUGCUCCAUCAUUUUCGCAGUUGAUUGAUUAAUCGAUUAAUUGGUAUUGAUUAGUUAAUUUAAAUUUUAUAUGCCCCUUGCUUGUUGUCGCCCAAUAAUUCAGUCCGUAUUUACGUUUCAAAUUAUUGUUUACUGUACUUAUUGCGCACUUUCUCGCGCACACAGAGUUCAUACAAGUAGACAACUGACAAUACAUGAAUACAAUGACGAGGUUUAGUUCAGGGCGAUUUUUCAAGUACAAUAUAAAUAACGUUUCAAUACGUACAUUUAAAAAUUGUCUAUUUACACAAUACCUAUUUAUAAACACAGUGAGCGAAAAUGUCGUCACACACUGUAAUAACUUGCGUUGAGAAUAACUUGCGAAACAUUGCAUGCGUUGACAAUAAGUCAACGUGAUGAUGGCUUGGAUAAAGUUAAUAUAUAAACGUUGACAAUAAGCCAACUAACGUAAGGUAUGACAAUAAUUCCGCAAGGAAGCUCAUUGUCGCAUUCCGGUAUCGCCGUGCUGUGCACGAUUCUUAUAGAUGAUCCGAUUAUUCCGGUUAUUGUUUAUAUUUAAUAAGUAUAAUUGAUUGCGGGAAAAACGCCGAGAAAAUAAUCGAUUAAGUGGAAACAGCUCUAAAGAUUAGUGACGAUUCAAUCGGCCAUUUCGACUUUCUCUUUGUAGACAAUUGAACACGAGCAUCCUAUACAAAAGAUAUCGUUCAUAUCUCAUGAUCCUGAAGACCGUCAUGUAUUUGGUUAUAUCUAUAGUCCACCACGGAGUGCUGCUAACGAGGCCAGGAAAUAUUAUCUCUUUGCUAUUAAAUCCGAUAAAUCUGUAAGUUGCUGUACAAGUCCAUGCAAUUGCAAGUCCAUGCAGUUUUUAUUUUUUAACAAGCACAGCAAGAAAAGGUCACAAGCAAUUCUCAAAAUUGAUUUUGAAACAUACUCCUGCCAUGCACAAUAAGCAAAACAAUGAGAGAACAACAUAGAAACACCCUGAUGUUCAGAAUUGCGCAUUUUAGGCGGAUGUGAUAACAGUUCAACUAUAUGAACUGUUUCAAGUGGUGUACAAGAUGCAAGAGAAUAAAAAGAUCCAGGGUAAAGAUAAUAAACACAGACAACAUGAAAAAUCCUCUCAGCCUUUGGAACCAUUGCAAGAUAAAAUGUUGCUUGGUGGGUAUACUCACUAUCAUUUCCUGGUUGCAGUGUCGCUUGCAUUUUUAGGGUUAACCGUCGAAGAUAAAAACAUUGUCAAUGUUAAAGGUUUCAAUUAACUCAAAAAUUCAGUCUACUGUAUAUGACUGCGUGGGGCUACAUGGUUGCUGAUCAAAUUGUUUCAAGGCUUUCACAUGCUCUUGGCUAAGUUAACUGCACGAAUACUGUAGUUACCAAACGCGAUGUAUAUGUAGGCGUGAAAUACCAUAUUUGCUAGUUAUAGCUCCAGAAAAAUCAUAGUGCAAAAAUUAAGUUUGAAUUCGCGAUAAUUGCAAAUAAUAUUUAUUGUGUGUCAUGCGGCGUGCCUUAAUUUGUGUUUUCUGGAACCUUAUAUUGCGAAGGCCAUGCUUCGGAAUUUAGAGUUAAGUUAAGUUGUGUAAUAAUAUGAAACAUAAAGAUACCGAUUUAUUCAUCUUAUUUUAAAUAAUUUAACGACACACUCCUGAUAACUCAAGCGUUUUCUGUUUUUCAUUGAAUGUUUCCGUUAUUGGGAGUAUUGGGUGUCAACUCUAGUACUCUACUCUCAUGUAGAUCACAUACCAUUUGCUUGAAAUUGUUCCGGAAUACCGCGAUAUAUUUCAAAUAUGCUAUGCAAUGUUUUUGUCUGGGACUAGUAAUACGUUAUACUGUAUAUACGUAUAUACAUGCAUGUAGUUUCAAAUUUAGGGAAUUGGUAUAAAAGAGCAAUGUACUUUUAACUUGUUUGCAUUGCCACAUGCACUCCAACUAGUGUUUGAAACAUCACGAACAACAACGUCCAAUGAGUUGUUAAAGUUUUAACUUGUACUUUCUCAUAAUGGUUUUAUCUUUUCAGAAAUGUCAAACAAAAUUGGUGGGGAUCAACAGCAGUAUCCAGCAGAUGAACAUUUAUAUGCGGUAUGAUAGUUUCUUUUGUUUUAAUGUUUUUUCUGUGGUAAGUCUUUUAAAUCAUAUAGCUAUCUUAAAAUACGCAUAAACAAACCUCUCCCCAUUCCUCUUGCUUAUCGGAAACUUUUAAUGUACUUCGCAUUAUAUUUUCUUCUAGGAACCCACUUUUGUCAAACGUACGCCCUCAGAACCACCGUCUGACUACGCUGUGAGUUACAUUAAGUUGUUCCUUCAACAAAAAUGCAUAUGUUUAAAUUACUGUAUAUAUUAUAAGGUCGUUUAUUAAAGUGUUCAAGCAUGGUGCUAGAAUUAUUAAAAUAUUGUAUCACAAUAUUUUAAUACUGUUAUUAGAUUCCAACUGACCAACCUUUCCAGUCACCAAGCGUCAGUGAAAGUAAUGAAUAUCAGGUACUACCUUGUUUAUUUUACAAGUACUGUAUGCUUUGACAUCUAAUUGUGUUUUGUCGAAAACUUGUAAUCUGAUCCAGCUCUCGCCUUGUUCAAGUAACGUUUUAUAGUACAACAAAGGUUCUUCUUUUACCUGUAGGUUCCACGCCAAGAAAACGAGAUAAGUGAAAGAGAACGGGCAGAUAUUGCCACGGCUAUUGCUUUAUCCUUGAGUAUGCAAGAAAAUUCUCAGCCUUUCUCGGACAGCGUGUCUACACCUGCCACAAAUGACGAUCCUGGUUUCGAGGCCAUCUCUGACUCAACUGUGUCCUUCCCCACAGAGGAAACCUCGAAGCAAAGCACAUUUCAUGCCGAGUUUCCGCCAUUUGAAAAUGGAUUUACAAGUCCUGAGGAUUUAAAAUUCACAGACUUUUCUGAAUCUUCCAAUGAUUCGGAGAGAUUUAAUAUACCUGGUGCCGACGAAAUACAGACGGUGCCUUCAAAACAAAUCUCUUUCAAUGCAUUUGACGAUCUUUCGUCAACGACUGAUGUGAAGACGAAUUUCGAAACAUCUCAAAACGAAAAUGAAAAUGCAAACAUUGACAAUGAGGUAAUAUCUUCCUCGGAGCCUUCUGGUGAAGCCACGUCUAAUUCCAAAGAAACGGAAGAUAUAAAUUAUAAUUCGACAAAGAUCGAAUUUGAACCUGUAGAAGGAGUUGUUAAAGAACUGCCUUCUACUAAUCCAACUAUUGAGAAUUUUUCGUCGUUUGAAAGUGAGAAACAAAAUGAUAACGAUGCGAAUGAUGUUGAAACUGAAACCUCCACUACGACUGGAACCAGUACGUUCGUCACUCAAACAUCAUUUGAAGUCAACUUUGAGACUGAAAAUGAAGAUGAGAAUUCAUCCAAACAAACUCAGCAAGAUAUAUUCCCAUUUGAUGCUAGUUUAGACGCAUUUUCCAGCCAAGACCCUUUUGCAAGUACCGGUCCAACUGAAUUUGACCAAUCAGCAUUUGCUGCAUUUGCUGAUGACGAUCCAUUUUCUCCUAAAGGUGGCAACAACAUGGACACAAAAUCGGAUCCGUUUGCAGAAAAUGACAAUCCUUUUACUUCAAAUUUUAGUGAAUCAGAUGUACAUACAAGUGAUUUUGAACAAAUUCCUGAUGAAACAAAUAGUGAAAACGAUCAAAAUAGCAAUAGAGAGGAAGAUAUAUUUGAAGCGAUGUUUGAGGCUAAAAUGGAAGGGCAAUUUGAGAAUGAUACUUUAAGCAAAGAUGAAAAUGAAAAGGAAGAACCAAAUAACAUUCAGCAGAAUCCGGUUGAAUUUGACCUUGAAAAAUCAAGUCAUGAGACAACUGCAGAACUUGAUAACCAAGAGAAGGAAAUUACUGAAACACCUGAAGAAUAUCAAACUCCAAUGACUUUGCCAAAUAUAAACACAACCGAACCGGUCGAGGAUGCCACUGUGUUAAGUAACUCUCCUGUCUCAAACAAUGAAGUUUUGGAGGACCAGCUUGACGAGACGGAAAGUAGUAAGGAGGAUAAUGCGAACGAAGCGAACGCGUUUGAUUUUUCAUCAAACGAUGUGUAUGUUACACUGAAGACCGCUAUCCCAUCUAAUAAUAGAGCUCAGUCACCAACUGAGUUCUCACCACCACCAUUACCACCACGACCUCUUAUCCCUAAGGAACCCAUUGACACUAUAGGAAGUCCUAAAAUACCACCAGCUCUUCCACCAAGACCCACUAUAAACCAUCCAUCACAUACAGAAACAACUAUACGUAAACCUCCAGAACUUCCGCCGAGAUUGGACUUGGAAGAAAAUGAUUUAGUCGAAAAUGAACUUGUGGAUACAGUACAAGAACCUGAAUCGUUUGCAAAUGAUACUGGAUCACCGAUGUUUCAAGCUAACUUCGACACUUUUGAUUUUGAUGAUAUCGAGAAUAACUCGCCUGUUGGAAAUGUAGGAACACCUACUGCUGAGUUUGAUUCUAGUGAUCCCUUUAAAGAUCCUUUUGCAGGUGCAGAUCCAUUUCAAACUCCUAUCGCAGGUGAUCCCUUCGCUUCAUCGACAUCUUUUGAUCGAGACGUUCAACAAGACAGUGAUGAUUUUGAUCCAUUUUCAGGAGAUGACCCAUUUGCUAUGACCCCAGCUUUUGAUGCUCAAGCAUCUUUCGGUUCACCUUUUAAUACAAAUUUACCAUCUAGUGAUGAACCAAAUAAUGAUGAGGAAAAAGACAAGGUAAGAUUUUCCAAUUAGAGUUUAGGUCCUAUAAGGGCAAUCUCUAUAUCUUCUGUAAGAUGUGUUGUUAUGGACGGCAAAACUUUUCCGAAGUUUUGUAAUUUGGCGGCUUUAUUCGUCAAUAUUUUCCACAAAAUAAAACAGUAUAAAGGAAAUACGUUCGACCCACGUUUCGUUUUCGAGCUAUAUAUAAAAUCUGGACGAUAUGUUAUGUGCUCGACGCAGUCCGCACGCGGCUGUCUGUAAAUAAUAAGCUAUAACUAUAAAGUAAAAUAUUAAAUUUAACAUAUCAGAAUGUUAACAAAUGUUUCGAGUCCAGAACGUAUGUUGUGCGAUUUAGUACUUUCUUCAUAAAUGUUUGCGGCCUACCACACUGAUUGCAAUUGCUAUUAUGUACUUUGUUGGAAUCACGGUUAUUAGACUUAAAAGUGCGAUGGUUUCACUUGAUGAAAUAUCAUACGUGAAGUCAUGCUGUACAUGCAUAUUAUACUGUAGUUGUCUGAUGAAGCGUCAGUGAAUUUGUAUAUAUUUGUUAUACUGUAUAGUGAAACGAAAUUACAGUUGUCGAAUAACGGGAAAUGAAUGAAACAAAGGGUAUUUUGUUACGUCUGUCGUCUGCUUACAUAAAUGUCCACGACUCGGUGAUUGUGGUAUAUGAAAUACAGGGGGCAUUUGAAUGGUCUCAUUAAUGCCUUACAAAAGAUCUUUAUUGGGCUUUAGCUCAGGGUUCAGUGUUGAACACAGUCAAACUUAUAUCUCACACACACACACACACACACACACACACCCCUCCAACCCCCCGAGACCAACACACAUUCCUAUCUUUUGGAAUUGACACUUUGCAAUCCACCACAUGUCCACCACAGUUCACCAACGGCAAUGGUAUUAUUCAGCCUGAAUGUCAUAAACGUUCUGGAGAGAUUUUUACCAAUUUAGUUUGCUACAAAUCUAAUAUAUAUAAAAUCCCCAGUGAUGUUUCAUGCACGCACAACGACACGUUGAAUAUUUUUACGGCAACUGUACAUUAUUAACUGAUGCAGAUUACAGUACAUUAAUUUCUAUUUAUAACCUUUAUUGCAGUUCGCAGAUUUCUCGACAUCAUUUACUUGAAAACAUGGAAUCGAAGUUACGAGGAACCAACUGCCAACUGGGAAAAUGCUUUCACGUUUGUUGCAGGCGACAGAUAAUAAUCAGAACGAAUAAUACGAAUAAUAUUUUUCAAACACGACAUUAGGGGCAGGGGCCAACCGGUUGACGUUAGAGGUUAUGGAAGAGACGGAAUGAAAGGUAAUCCAGGGUGUAUAAAAAAGGUAAUUCAACUUUGCCUGUGGCAUGUUAUCGUGCAUUACAUAUUACGCUUAUCCAUUCACUUUUUUCACAUCAGUAAAGAGCAGGUCACUAGAUCUCGAACGAGACCUUUCUUACAUCAUUGCGAUCACAAAUAGCCAAAUACGAGUCGAUUUUGAUAUGUCAGUCGAAAUCGCAUUUUUCCAUCGUUGGGAUUGCAUGUAAAGCUGUUGUUUGAGUAUUGAAAUUAUUCUCAUUUUGGUUUCAAAUUUAAAUUGCUUUAACAAGGAUGCGGAGCAACAUAUUGGGUUAUUAAAGAAGCAUCACGUUUUGAAUUGAAUAAAACAUUUACAAAACUGGAAGUUUGCAGACUUAAAGUGCCUAUAUCAUGGUUUUGGAGUUUGCAUAUCUCGAAAGUUUGGGGUAUUUUAAGACACUUUGCAAUAUAUUUUGUAAUUGAAAAAUUUCAUCUUGAUGGAUUUAUUAGCUCUUAAAGUUACCGGACAUGACGUCAAAAGGAGAAUUGCAAAUCAGUUUUCCUUUGUACCAUUGCAACAAAAUUCUCCUUUUGACGUCAUGUCCGGUAACUUUAAGAGCUAUUAAAUCCAUCAAGAUGAAAUUUUUCAAUAACAAAAUAUAUUGCAAAGUGCCUUAAAAUACCCUAAACUUUCGAGAUAUGCAAACACCUGUGCAAACUCCAAAACCAUGAUAUAAGCACUUUAACAAAGCCAAUGCCAUACGUUCCCCAUAUAAGCAACCAGCAUUUAGGCAAAUGUUCGAAUAUUGGAAGAAAUUUUAAAAGGUGGAAAAUGCAGUUUCAAUCGACCACUUUAAAUCAGAUCGUAUUUGCCCAUCUUUGAUCGCAAUGUUACAAUAAAGGUGUCAUUUGACAGCUAAAAGCCAGAGGCCGGUUGUGUUAAUUAUAGUUAGUGGAAAAGUUAACCAAUCAGAAUCGAAUAUUUCAGAGUAAACUAAUAUAAUUUAACUACGAAACGGGUAGUUAAAAAGUAGUUAAGAGUUUCAUACAACCGGUCCCUGGUCUUUAUAAAUACGAAAAAUUAAUCUAUAAACGCAAUUUUAAUUUACGCACGACAACAUGUCAGAGUUGGAUUACACCCAUAUAUCUGCAGGUUUGCUUCUCAGUAGUAUAUUUACACACCACAGAGACCCAGGCUCUAUUUGUCCGUGCCCACCUGUGACUUGGUGGGCGCGGGCAAAUAGAGCCUGGGUCUCUUGUGCACACACGUGUGUCGUCAAACGAAUAGCCUAGGGAUAGGGCUAGGGUCAUCACGAAGCUACGGGAAAAGGUUUUGUGAUUAGGUAUGAAAUGCUGAAGUACAAUAACCCAAUAGAAUACAUUUUCUAAAGUAUGAGUCACAAACAAUGAUCACUUUUGUUUACGGAAGUACACCACCAUGCCUAUACCAGGUCCCGGCAUACCUCAAAAGUCAAAUUGUUGGCCCCUAAUAACCCACAAUCAAGAUUUUACAUAUACAUGUGUGUACAUUUCUAUAAAUUCUUAGCUGUAAAGUUGUAUAUUGUAUGUACAUGCAGUGACGUUACAAAUCCAAAAUUACUCUAUGAGUUACGUUACUAAGUCAAAAGUCUAUACACAAUGUCAAUGUAUGACCUCAAAUUUUUUCAUCUAUUAAAGUAAAAACCGAUCGAGGAUAAAUGGUUCAAGUUUCAAAACAUUUUUAUUGUUGUAUUAUUUUACCAUAAAUUUUAACAAUAGGGGAAAACGUCCCCUCUCUCCCAAUAAAGUCUUUGUACAAUAGUUGAUCAAUUGAACAACUGAAGCUGUAACAAUGCAGUAUUUCAACAAUAAAAGCCUGCUCUAGUAAACUCGACCUCGCAAGCUUGAUUUUGUACCUCCGCCCUUUUCCGCGCGCAGGCGGCCAUACAUAGGUCGAUGAAAUUAAAACUGAGCGAGAGAUAAUCUGCAUAAAAGAUAAUCCAUGGCCAGGUGUAAACGUUUUCUACCGUGACACAAUUACUGAUACUUGAAAAGAAAAUUAUUGAAUGUCGGGGUUCCAGCAAUGGCGAAGCUGGCCAUAGCAGCAGGUUAUGCUAUGUAAAUUUUUAAUGUUGCAUCAUUCAAACUUUAUAAUUGACUUUUUAAACCUAUAUAGAUGCAGGUUUAUUAGCAUAGCAUGAGCGGUUGCUAAAGCUUCACCACUGGGUUCCAGGGUAGUUAGCGAUGAAGAAUCAGAACAAUAUACAUAUGUGGUUACAAGAUCAAACUACCUGAAAUACAAUAAGAACUUUGACAUUUCACACGAAGUUUUGAUCCAG